CCCCUCACCUUCUUUAUAAGACCAUGAAGCAUAUUAAACAGCUCACAUCAACUUCCUAGACUACUCAGUUGUGCACAUCUAGCCCUCUCUAGCCUAACAAAUUUCUUCAACCCUGAUGACCAAGAACAUGGAAAAGGAAGCAGCUCUGCGGUUCGGCGACGGCGAGAACUUUGCAGCGACGGAGCUCAGGUUAGGGUUGCCGGGGACCCGAGAGAGGGAGACAGCGACUAAAGUGCUUCCUACGGGUAGCAAGGAGGGCGGAACGAAGAGGACUGCGACCGAGAUUGAAUCGAACGACUUUGAUCGCGAAGCAAAGACCCAAGUAGUUGGAUGGCCGCCGAUCCGAUCGUAUAGGAGGAAUACGUUCCGAUCGAUGAAGCGGGACGAAGAGAAGGCGGGAACUUACGUAAAAGUGAGCAUGGAUGGGGCUCCUAUUCUGAGGAAGAUUGAUCUCGAGGCCUACAAAGGGUACAAGGAGCUCAGAGAGGCCUUAGAGGACAUGUUCAAAUGUUUCCCUUCAGGUGAGAGUGUAAGGGUGGAUGCUCGUGAAUAUGCUGUCACAUAUGAAGAUAAAGAUGGGGACUUGAUGUUGGUUGGAGAUGUUCCGUGGGAGAUGUUUAUCACCUCAUGCAAAAGGCUGAGGAUACUGAGAGGCUUGGCUCCAAGUACAUGAUAAAAGGGUUUUGCAGUAAAUUAACUUGAUAUCUUUUAUUGGGUGCUCCAAGUUUGUCCUUUGGUAUUGGAACUGUGAUCUGCCUCAUUUUAUUUACAAGGAAGAGAGAGAGAGAGAGAGAGAGAGAGAGAGAGAGAGAGAGAGAGACUACAAAGAGUUGUUGCUAUAGUACAUUAUGAUACUCUCUAACCAUAGACAAUUUGCUCAUUUCUCAAAGUGUAUAAAGAAAAAUUCAAAAGCAAAAUGCUGUGAAGAGAUCUACUUGUUUUUGGUGUAGAAAUAUCAGGUCUAGCACUGACGAGGACACAAAAGUUGCAAGAGAGAGAAGGAAAAAAAAACAAAACAAAAAAGGAAUAAAAAAAAAAAAGGGAGAGAGAGACGUUGGUUCUAUUUCUUGUAUUAUUUCUUCCUGCAGUAUAUAUGUUUCUCCAGUUGAUCAUGGACUCAUAACUAGCUUCUUACAGAUUAUAAUCAGGAUCUAUAAUACAAUUGAUAGCAAAUGUUGCUUCCUUCGAGAGAUUAUAAGCUAACAGCAAAGAAAAUAAAGCUGCUUAAAGAUAAAGAAAAACAGAGUUGCAAAGUGCAUAGCUCGUCGCAUUAAUAUUACACUUCA